AUGGCUUCCCCAACUUCAACGUCGACAGCCUCGCCAUCACCUCAACCGUCACGACCGUCGUCAUCUCAACAUGGCGACGCCUCUGAAGCCGCCGACUCGGUUCCCGUCGAGACUCUUGUGCAGCAUCUUCUCGAUGCGAAACGAUCACUUUCAUCCAUGACCCUCGUCCUCCGCGCCAACGAGCUCGUUACCGCUGCCCGCCUAGCCCAUGAGGAAUCCGUUAUCCUUGGCGCGCAAUCGCAAUUUCUUCGCCGCGGCAUCACCGAACAAGCGCGCUUGCUCCUUCGCGCCCGGAGAAGCAUGAACCGAACCUAUGACAGCGGCAAGCGUGAGUUCAAGCAAAUCAUCAAGAAUCUCGACGCCACAAACGGUCGAUUGGAAGACACCAUGAAUAUUCUCAGGGCUAGAGUGGUAGAAAGCGCCUUCAGACCUAAGGGUGAAGAGAAGAGGAAUUUGCUAGACUUUGUAGAUGUUGUUCAGGUCGACACAAUGCGAAAUGCGCUCAAGGAGAACAUUGCCGCAUUACAGGCAACGCAAACAUCAUUUGAUGGCGAUUUACUCCGUUUUGAUACCGACCUACGAACACUUAACAAAACAUUACAGUCCACACCGUCACCUCUCUCGCCGUCUGCCUCCAAUGCCGAGCAACCCAUUGCACACAUUCUCGCAUCCAUGAUGCACAGCUCCCAUGAUAUGGCCGAACAUCUCACAUCUCUGACCAGACAUUUCGACUUAUGCGUUACAGCCGUCCGAACCACCGAGGGGGGCGCAGCUCUGGCCAAGAGGAAGGCUGCCGAGGUCACUCAAUCCCAAGGAGACGACGUGGUGUCCAUCUCCGGCGUUAUGGCUGAGCAAGAGUUGCACAUGACGGAUGUUGAGCCAAUAUCGGGACAGGACAGAGCCCAAAUGCUGCAGGUCGUAGUUCAAGAUGCCUCCGAGGUCAGCGGUGUGGUGCAAGAGAUCAAUGAAGCCCUUCACGGCAUGGAAGAUGACUUUGCGAGACUCGAAGAGCAGACAAAUCGGGUCAGACUUAUCUACUUGACCACGCUAGACGCCUUCCACGUACUUCAGGACAUCGGAUCCCGACUGCAGAGCUACAUCGCCGCCGAGACGGAGUUCCGUGACCGCUGGAUCGAGGAGCACGAAACCAUCAGCGACAAGAUGGUCGAAAUGGAGCAACUGCGCAUGUUCUAUGAAAACUAUGCCAGUUCGUACGAUAGUCUCAUUCUUGAAGUCGAGCGGCGCAAGUCGCACGAGGAGAAGAUGUUGAGCAUUUGGAGGAAGGCCAAGGAAAGCGUGGAUAAGAUCAUUGAGGCGGAUCGCAGACAACGCGAAACUUUUAGGCAAGAGAUAGCGGAGUACAUACCUACUGAUCUCUGGCCGGGAAUGGAUGAUGGCAUGACGAGGUGGGAGAUCGUGCCGGUGCAAGACGAGGUUACGGCCCAGGCUGGCGGGUCGGCGGGUACUCCGGCGUUGGAUAGGAGUGUUAUCCAGGCUGCGGCUAUGCGAUUAGGUCGAAAUUCGACUGAGCGGUAA